AUGCUGAUUGUCUAUGGUGCUGUUUCGCUCCGGGCUCUUCGGGAGUUUCUGCAGCUGCGUUUGAAUGUCAACUUGGCGGGGAGGCGGUCCGAUAUUCGCAGGUUGGCGAUGAUCGCUGCUGAUGAGCUUUGCUCCGGCAGCAAGCAAGCUGCCGCUUAUGCACCUGUUUGGGAGGUGCUGCCCACGCAUGUAUGCCUGGGUGUAACCAAGGCAUCGGAUAGCAUCAGGGAGUCAGGCAACCAGGAGCGUGGCCGAUGUCUGUUCUCUUUCCUGAGUGAUAUCGGGGAUGCCGCAGGCGAUGUGGAGGAUGGGCUACAUUCAAAUCGGUGGCAUGAUAGCCCAACCGGGAAUACAUGCUGUGGUUUGCAAUCCGACGGACAGCUGCCUUCGGACAGGGUGGUCGGCGGCGGUGUGGCCGGUGCACAACAACAGGGCCCAUGCGGUAUGAUGGUCGAUGUUGGGCCUAUGGCUGUGCGCACAGGGGCCUGGCGGCAGGGGUCCCAUACAGAGCUUGUCUUGUUCGGGAAGGAGGAUGCUGCAAACGAUUUCGCUCGCAGGUGUUUGUUCGUUGGCCCAGCCCUGGAUCGGAGUAACAACAGCUCUUGGCUUCAGGAGGGACAAGUGCGCUCAGAUAGGACUCUGGGAGGUGAAAAUGCUGGCAAGAGCGCCUCAGUAUCUGGCUUGGGGUUUCCUCUGCCGCUGCGUCCAGCCGCCAUGCGCUGCUUGGGGAGUGAGCAUUGCAUGGCUUGCCGUGAGAUGAGUGGUCAGCGGAUGUACGGUAAGACAAUUGGCACACAAGCUGGCUUGCAACACCAGCUAUGA